GAGCUAAAUCUCAUUGAACAAUUCUGGUCUGUGUUGAAAGAAAAAGUCAAACAAAGCCAGUUCAAUGAUACUGAGGAUUUAAAAACUAGAAUAAGUGACACUUGUCUACAUAUAAGAGUUUCUACUCUUGUAAAUAUUAUUCAGCACUCUGUUAACACUUUCGAAAAAUGCCUAAAU